AUGGCAACGAUAAAGCAUGCCUUUAAAGGCAUGUCACAGAAGGAGCUUUUCGAGUGCCUCUUCCAUCUCACAGAACGGCUGAAGGACGUGGAAUAUAAGUUCCAGACGAAUAACAAGUUCUGUUUAGCACUACUUCGUGCCGGCAUAUCGAUUGAGCAUAUGGCUAAACGAGCACUCGUCGUAAACAAGGCUGAUGCUGGAAAUGGACUUCGUUUGGAGAUGUUAUGGGAGGCUGAGGUUAACGACUAUGAAGCAUCUGAUGCUGACGAUGUUGAAAGUGUUUUAUCAAAGAUCAAACCGGUUGCUAUGAAACUCGCGUCUGGAUUGAAGAGAUCUCGCGAUGCUGGAAUGAAAUCUGAUCUAAAGAAAGUCAUUGGAGACAUAGAGACCACCACUGAUAAACUAAAAAGUGCUACAGAACGGGUUGAUAAAUGCCAGAACACUAUCAAAUCAGUCAAAAAGCAGAUUGGGAAAUUGAAGCUGUUCAAUAUGGAUGAUGAAGAUGAAUUCAAUCAGUAUCAAACUCAAAGCAAUGAACUGAAUAUCAAAUUUGCUAAAGCCACCACUCAACUGAAGAAGUCUUUGACUAUGAGGGACAACUUGGCUCAGAAAUCUAAAGAACUGGCUAAAGAUAAACUGAAACUGGAAAGUAAACUGAAUCUCAAUACUCCAAAGUCAAAGAAGCGUAAGACUGAUGAACCAGAUGAUGAUGCUGAAAAUUUCGCGGUGGAAAGUCCCCUCAAAUCUGCGGACGAUAGUGAUGCGGAAGACGCGGAAGAUGCGGAAGUCGCGGAAGAGUCUGAAUCUGACUCGGACUCGAAUGAAUAG